GUUCAUUCACGGCGCAGUUGGAUUAGCUGGGCUCGCCGUUUCUCCAUUUUUCUUCCCUUUUUGUUUGUUUAAUUAAGUCUUUUUAUAAACGUCAAGCUGUAAUUUGAAGUGGAAUGUUAGUUUGUGGUAGUUUUAAAGCGUUUUAUGACAACAGUUUCAAGGAACGGGAAACCGUGUGAAGCUCGAGCGCUGAAUGAGACUCUGAGGUGAUAUCAAUCCGGGAUAUUUUAACCCACAAAUGUGGCUUUGAAAACGCGGCCAGGUGCUGAGUUGUGUCUGAACACGGUGUGAGAUGGAGGAGAAGGUGGUGUUGAUUGUAGCUCUAUUGGCUCUUUUCUCUCUCUGCACAGCUCAACAAGAUGGUAAUGAGUGCACUAAGGCUUCAGCUCAGUCCUGUGGGGAGUGUAUUCAGGUUGGAGAAAAGUGUGGCUGGUGCACAGACGAGGCCUUUUUGAAGGAGGGCGAAUCCAAGUCCACACGCUGCGAUGAGAUUGAGGCUCUGGCCAAGAAAGGCUGUCCUGCUAUUAAGGUGGAAAACCCCAGAGGGAUGGUCAUAAUAGAUCAGAACAAACCUGUGACGAACCGCAAGAAAGACGUGGCCGAGAAGCUCAAAGCUGACCAGAUUACUCAGGUUCAGCCCCAGAAGCUGAAGCUCAAGCUCAGAUCAGGCGAGCCUCAGAAGUUCAACUUGAAGUUCAAAAGGGCCGAGGAUUACCCCAUUGACCUGUACUACCUGAUGGACCUCAGCUUUUCCAUGAAAGACGAUUUGGAGAACGUGAAGAAUUUGGGAACGGACCUGAUGCGCGAGAUGCAGAGCGUCACAUCUGACUUCAGGAUAGGCUUCGGAUCAUUCGUGGAGAAAACGGUGAUGCCCUACAUCAGUACAACCCCAGCCAAGCUGCUGAACCCCUGCAGCUCCGAUCAGAACUGCACCAGCCCUUUCAGCUACAAGAACGUUCUGAGUUUGACCGACAACGGCAAACAGUUCAACACUCUGGUCAGCCAGCAGCACAUCUCUGGAAACCUGGACUCACCAGAGGGAGGCUUCGAUGCCAUCAUGCAAGUCGCUGUGUGUGGGGACCAGAUUGGUUGGAGGAACGUCACCCGCCUGCUGGUGUUUUCCACCGACGCCGGCUUCCACUUCGCUGGAGACGGCAAACUAGGAGGCAUCGUGCUUCCAAACGACGGCCGAUGCCACCUCAAGGACAACAUGUACACCAUGAGCCAUUACUAUGACUACCCCUCCAUAGCUCACCUUGUGCAGAAAUUGAGUGACAACAACAUUCAGACCAUUUUUGCCGUGACUGAAGAGUUCCAGCCUGUCUAUAAGGAGCUUAAAAAUCUCAUCCCGAAGUCUGCUGUGGGAACGCUGUCUGCAAACUCCAGCAACGUGAUCAAGCUUAUUAUCGAUGCCUAUAACUCUCUGUCCUCCGAGGUGAUUUUGGAGCACAGCAAGCCGCCUGAGGGAGUGACCAUCUCGUACGUGUCCCACUGCAAGAACGGGGUCAGCGAGACCGGAGAAAAGGGGCGAAAGUGCUCAAACAUCUCCAUCGGCGAUGAGGUGACUUUUGACAUAUCCGUCACGGCUAAAGGCUGUCCGUCUCAGGGCAAACCGGAAACGAUAAAGAUCAAACCCCUGGGCUUCAACGAGGAGGUGGUGAUCGAACUGAGCUUCAUCUGCGAGUGCCAAUGUCAGCAAGGUGGCAUCCCCAGCAGUCCAGACUGUCACUUCGGUAACGGAACCCUCGAGUGUGGAGCGUGCAGGUGUAACGAGGGCCGGAUCGGAAGGGUCUGCGAGUGCAGCAAAGACGACGUCAGGGCAGAGGAUCUGGACGCCAACUGCCGCUUGGGAAACGGCACGGACAUAUGCAGCAACAACGGAGACUGCAUCUGCGGGACCUGCGAGUGCAAGAAGAGAGACAACCCGGAGGAGCGCUACGACGGGAAGUUCUGCCAGUGCGACAACUUCAACUGCGACCGAUCCAACAAUAAACUCUGCGGAGGUCACGGUCGGUGCGUGUGCAGGGUAUGCGAGUGCGACGCGAACUACACCGGCAGCGCGUGCGACUGUCCCCUGGACACGCAGCCCUGCGUGGCCGCCAACGGGCAGAUCUGCAACGGCCGCGGCACCUGCGAGUGCGGCGUGUGCAAAUGCACCGAUACUAAGUUCCAGGGCCCCACCUGUGAAAUGUGCCCUACCUGUCCCGGAGUUUGUACCGAGCACAAGUCCUGCGUGGAAUGCCGCGCCUUCAAAACCGGCGAGUUGAAAGACAAGUGCGAGGAGAAAUGCAACUACUUCGAGCUGAUUAAGGUGAAAGAAAAGCAGGAUCUUCCACAGCCGACCAGCCAGCCCUACCUCACUACCUGCAAAGAGCGGGAUGCCAACGACUGCUGGUUCUUCUUCGUUUACACCUCCAAGAACAACAACGUCACUGUUUAUGUGGCUGAGACUUUAGAAUGCCCCGCCGGCCCUGACAUAAUUCCCAUCGUAGCAGGCUUGGUCGCAGGCAUCGUUCUGAUCGGUCUGGCCCUGCUUCUCAUCUGGAAACUUCUCAUGAUCAUUCAUGACCGCCGAGAGUUUGCAAAGUUCGAGAAAGAGAAGAACAAUGCCAAGUGGGAUACGGGUGAGAAUCCAAUCUAUAAGAGCGCCGUCACUACAGUCGUCAAUCCCAAAUACGAGGGGAAGUAAAGGACGAGCGUUCGGUCUGAAACACUGUAUGCAAAAGAGGAGGUGGUGUGCUUCGUUUUUCGUUAGGUUUUCUUUUUUUUUAUCACUUUGUUGUUGUUAGCUGUGCGUUCUCCACUUGCAUUACAGUACGUGUCUGUAUUUCUAUGCAUUGUGUACAGUGUGUUUAAACGUGUUACUUCAUCAAGGAUUUUAAAGCAGAAUGUUUUAAUUCUUUUGUUAGUUUUUUUAAUAUACACAGUAUAUAUUUUUAUUGUUGCCGCAGGACUGGCUUUGCUCUAUAAAGUGACAGUUGUGCCUUUUUGAUAAGAGCCUGUUUUAUGUUUUUCAGUUCUGAUCCUGAAUUUUAUUUCAUUCAUUUAUUUUAAGGCCGCUCAGGUGGCGCAGCGUUUGAGUUUGGGGUUUCGAAUACAUCUUAUCGAAUCUCAGCUCUGCCUUUCCGACCGGGCCGGGCGGCAGCAUGAAGAACGAUUGGCUGUUGUUCAGGGUUAGAGGGUAAAAAAGUCGGAUCGCAGGUCCUCAUAACUGGUGCGACUGCGGCCCCUGCUGGCCGACUGAUGGCGCCCGCACAGGGCUGAGGAAUAAUGCCGAUGGGGGUGUGGCCCUCCGUACACAGUGCCCGUAGGUGUAUGGACUCAUGUAGGUGAAGGUGAAAAAUGCAGUCUGUACUGACUGUAUGUGCCGGAGGGGGCGUAUGUCAGUUGAGAGGCGUCCUCAGUCAGCGGUGAAGGGUCGGAUCAGUAUAGAGGACGCAAUCAGGGUAAUUGGACACGACUACACUGGGGGAUAAAAAUUUGGGGUCAGGACUUGAAAGAAACUAAUCGACUAAGGCGAUCAGGUCAAGUCAGGUUGAGAAAUGGAGAAAUCCAGUCAUGAAGAGCCUUGGCUGCAAAUCACGCCUUAAAACCCGACGACGAUCACUAAUAGUUUUGUGAUUCGUAGGUGACGCUCUUCAUCACGCAUGUAGCAUGUAGCUGGCCACUGGGAGGGCGUGUGUGGUGCUGUGUUUUUUAAGGACCCCCCAACCCUAUGUAUAUAAACCUAGAGCUGAUCAGCCCUAAUAAAGGUUGUUUUGGGGAUGUUUUUUUUCUUUCUAUCAAAUUGUAUUCAGUUCACAAAUGCGUUUACAAUGCACGCUCCCUGCUUGUGCUGGCCGGGAAGCACCUCCAACUCCGAAUCAAGUACCCCAUCCGACCUGACUGUUCUGUAUACAGAGUGCUUUGCUAUGCCUUCUGGGAGGCACCUCAACCAGACAGCAAAGGAUCGGGAUUGAAACCCUGUCGACCUCCCUCCCUAAGACACAUCCAGUUGUGCCUGCCUCUGUGCAUUUUUGGGCUAGCGUAUUUGCCCACUACUUUAGUGCCUGUAAUGGCCAUUCAUGUCCCAUUCAAGUGGUACAGCGACCUUUAGUUCCCAGUUCGUGAUUGGUCACAGGGCUGGGAAGGAUUCAGAUUGAGCAAUCAGUAAUCAGAUAGUGUUCCACGACAAGUUGCAAGCCAUGUGACGAGCAACAGCCAAUACGCAUGCAAGAGGAAAUUUAAGUGACGGAGAGUAUCUGAUUCUGAUGUGUAGGGAGUGUGCAAAAGAAAAAGACCCUUAGGUGUUCCAUUUUGGCGUGUUCAGGUCUACGUUCGGGAGCUUUCGGACCGCUUUCUAUGCACGUUAUUACAGUCUCACCUGUGUUUUCUAUAUGUUGUGUUUUGAUCAAGUGCGAUUCCCUAGGUGUAGGCGAUGGCUAGGAGUAUAAUUGGCAUUUGCUUACAUAUACACUGAUCAGCCAUAACAUUAAAACCACCUACUUGUUUCUACACACACUGUCCAUUUUAUCAGCUCCACUUACCAUAUAGAAGUACUUGUUGUUCUACAAUUACUGAUUGUUUCUCUGCAUGCUUUGUUAGCCCCCUUUCAUGCUGUUCUUCAAUGGUCAGGACUCUCCCAGGAUCACUACAGAGCAGGUAUUAUUUAGGUGGUGGAUGAUUCUCAGCACUGCAGUGACACUGACAUGGUGGUGGUGUGUUAGUGUGUGUUGUGCUGGUAUGAGUGGAGUUUUUAAAUACCGUGUCCACUCUAUUAGACACUCCUACCUAAUUGGUCCACCUUGUAGAUGUAAAGUCAGAGACGAUCUCUCAUCUAUUGCUGCUGUUUGAGUCGGUCAUCUUCUAGACCUUCAUCAGUGGUCACAGGACGCUGCCCAUGGGGCGCUGUUGGGUGGAUAUUUUUGGUUGGUGGACUGUUCUCAGUCCAGCAGGGACAGCAUUGCUGUGUCUGAUCCACUCAUACCAGCACAACACACACUAACACACUACCACCAUAUGGUGUCAGUGUCACUGCAGUGCUGGGAAUGAUCCACCACUUAAAUAAUACCUGCUCUGUAGUGGUACUGGGAGAGAGCAUGAAAUAGGGCUAACAAAGCAUGCAGAGAAACAGACUUAAUACAGUCAGUAAUUGUAGAACUUCAAAGUGCUUCUAUAUGGUAAGUGGAUGUUAUGGCUGAUCAGUGCAUUCACAUAUAGAAUUCUUGUGCCCAAACAAUCAAAACACUGGUGCCAUCUCAGGGCUGAUCAACCAGUUAAUUUAAAGAACGUUUUCAGAAUGUUUUAAAGCAUGACUAGGAGCGUGACGAUCUAUAGAAAUAGUAUUACAAUAUUUGCUUGACGAUUCAAGUCUCAAACUCAGGUUUCCAAAUCCUCUAGAUCCCCUCGAUCACGAAAGCCAAAUAUUUACCGCUCACUGUGCUAAUACGUAUGUUGUUUUUCUAAGCCAAGUCAGUUUCCUAAAGCUUACUCGAUUUAUAACCAACUUUUCAUUUCCUGUGUUUCGUCGAUCACGGUCACUCCCAGAACACGAGUUGUAAGGUGCUGUCGGAUUAUGUCGCUGAAAAUCACUGUUAACGGGAACGACUUGUAACUCGUGCUGCCUUUAAUAAUGCUGUUCAUUAUACGUCUCACAGACUGCUUUUUUCUUUUUUUCUUUUGAUAUUUUUUUGCAUCAUGCACACGCUCACAAUCUUUUGUUUCGAACGUUAUUUAUUAAAAUAAAGAACCAAAAAAGAGAA